AUGUUGGUCCAUCAUUCACAACGACAAUUCCCCUACGCAACUUUACAUUCAACAAUAGAGUCGGUCCACUCGAGGGAUGAAAGCGGGUACCUACUCGCAGACCUCGAGCGACCAUCGCCUAGCACAUCUGAGCAAUGGCACCACAAUUCAAACCACAGCCUCGGAUCGUUGUCGUCAGAUAACAGGGAAAACAUAAAGCGACAAUCUCAUUCCAACAUCCGCCUACUCGCACUAGCAACAGGGCAACUAGUGAUAUUUGGCCUAGGCUGGGGAUUUGUCGGGUCACUGAUUCAACGAUCGAGUAUCCCACUCCCAGACAAUCUUGCACAUCUAGUAUAUUCAGAGCCAAGUGCCACAACAUUCGUCGUUAGCAUCUUGGCUUCUAUCAUCUCCACUAUAUCCGUUCGGAUCUACUCCCUCUCUGUCUGCCUGGCCCUCACAAGCAAGCUCCAUAGGCAAGCUACUCCUCUGCUUUUCUUUGGGUUUUCUGUCAGAGCGUCUACGGGUAAGAUGUUCUUCAGCAUGAAACAUCCGACAUGGACGUGGACAUCAAUAGUUCUGAUGGUAUUGUUGGCAUCAUUGGGUUCUGGAUGGACUUCACUCUUAAAUCCAACGGUCAUAUUGCUAAGCGAGCAUAUCCGUGGCAAUGAGCUAGACAUUAAAAGCCCCACAUUUUCUUAUCUCUUGAAGAACAACAGUGUCUUACAAGGUCCUCUUGCUGGGCAUUCGGCUGGAGGAUCUAGACUCAAUGUACCAAGCUUCUUCAGCCUGAACGGAGCGACUUACAAUAUUUCCACCGGUGGCAUACUUCCGUCUAUCCAGUCAUCUGUUGACUCAGUAGGGAAUCCACCGACAUCAGGUCUGCAGUUUGAUGUAGGAAGUACUCGAGUUAACACGACGUCUUUCAACACCACGGGAUUGUCGCAGAACUUCACGAUGACUCAGCAAGGUCUAACUGCCCACGUAAACUGCUCUGAAGCAAGCCCUGACAGUUUCUCGGUGGACGAAGUCCUGACAGUUCCCCCUUCUUAUCGCAUUUAUUCAGCGACUGCAUAUUGCAACCGUAGCUUGGAUUAUGUCGCAAAUGGACCUUACUAUAGUGGCGGAGGUAACGCCGCGGGGAGCGAGUGCAGAUAUUCGUUCAUCCCGAACACGACAUGCACCGUAACACCAACGAUAACAACUGUCGUCGCUCAAUACAACGACAGGAUCAUCACUCCCACGACGUCAAACUCCUCCAAAUCUUACGCCGUUGGCCAGUACAACCCAAGCGCGCUGGCCUUCCUAGCCAGCGUUGUUCAGUGGUUUGGUGGGAAUGCGCAGAAUCUGGUCUCCAUUUCGGUCGGAGACUCUGUCUAUGUUCUCAGAUCGAUGCAAAACCAGACUAACCUUCAAUCAUCCAACGGUACGAACCAGACGUUAUCUUACAUGAUAUUGGUGCGCUGUUUCAUGACUCUGGCGUCGAAAUAUCCAGAGAACAUGAACCUUGCUGAACAGGAAGAUUACUGGAGAGGGGUGGUCGAAUUCGGCGGCACGUAUCUUCGCUCCGGAUUCUCCACAGUGGGCUCGGAGUUGUCAGAGGACAUGCUCACACCCAUUUCCGGGGACGUGACCACACUGACGAUGGGCUGGUCAUACCGUCCGAAAUCAACUCUUGCGGCUCUCGUUCCCCAGACCCUGAUCACGCUUUUUACAUUAAUUGCGCUGGCAGCAGUAAGGCGUGAUGCUGGUGCGCUGCAUGACAGCGUCGACGUGACGGACGUGAGCGACGUCGUGUUAUCCACAACCGCGGGCAGAUCUGGGCUCCAGGGUGUUACUGCAGGUAAAGAGAAACAGAAAAGGUUGGAGGAGGAAACUGUUCGGCUUAAGGAGGUAGACGAUGGUCGGAAGAUGUUGACUCUUGGCAACUAA